CUCCCCCAACCGCCCGCCUAGCAUGGUGCGGCGGCCGCGCGCGCGGACAUGGGGGAGAAGCUGGAGCUGAGGCUCAAGUCGCCCGUGGGGGCCGAGCCCGCCGUCUACCCGUGGCCGCUACCGGUCUACGCCGGUCCUGUGGAAUCAGGCCCCAUGGAGGCUCCAUCACCUGCAGUCACGUACCGGGCCUUUGCAGAAGCAGGAUUCCCAGCCAGGCUGGAGCUCCCAGGCUGGAGCGGUUCCUGGUGGGCCUGUGGAGCGUGUCCUCAGGGGCUCGGGGACAAACAUCACGAUGCUGCUCAUGAAAUCAUCGAGACCAUCCGAUGGGUCUGUGAAGAAAUCCCGGAUCUCAAGCUCGCUAUGGAGAAUUACGUUUUAAUUGACUAUGACACCAAAAGCUUCGAGAGCAUGCAGAGGCUCUGUGACAAGUACAACCGUGCCAUCGACAGCAUCCACCAGCUGUGGAAGGGCACCACGCAGCCCAUGAAGCUGAACACGCGGCCGUCCACCGGGCUCCUGCGCCACAUCCUGCAGCAGGUCUACAACCACUCGGUGACCGACCCUGAGAAGCUCAACAACUACGAGCCCUUCUCCCCCGAGGUGUACGGGGAGACCUCCUUUGACCUGGUGGCCCAGAUGAUCGACGAGAUCAAGAUGACCGACGACGACCUGUUUGUGGACCUGGGGAGCGGUGUGGGCCAGGUUGUGCUCCAGGUCGCUGCCGCCACCAACUGCAAACAUCACUAUGGCGUCGAGAAAGCAGACAUCCCGGCCAAGUAUGCGGAGACCAUGGACCGCGAGUUCAGGAAGUGGAUGAAAUGGUAUGGAAAAAAGCAUGCAGAAUACACAUUGGAGAGAGGCGAUUUCCUCUCGGAAGAGUGGAGGGAGCGAAUUGCCAACACGAGUGUUAUAUUUGUGAAUAACUUUGCCUUUGGUCCUGAGGUGGAUCACCAGCUGAAGGAGCGGUUUGCAAACAUGAAGGAAGGUGGCAGAAUCGUGUCCUCGAAACCCUUUGCACCUCUAAACUUCAGAAUAAACAGUAGAAACUUGAGUGACAUCGGCACCAUCAUGCGUGUGGUGGAGCUGUCGCCCCUCAAGGGCUCGGUGUCGUGGACGGGGAAGCCAGUCUCGUACUACCUGCACACUAUCGACCGCACCAUACUUGAAAACUAUUUUUCUAGUCUGAAAAACCCAAAACUCAGGGAGGAACAGGAGGCAGCCCGGCGCCGCCAGCAGCGCGAGAGCAAGAGCAGCGCGGCCACGCCCACCAAGGGUCCCGAGGGCAAGGCGGCCGGCCCUGCCGAGGCCCCCAUGGACUCUGGUGCUGAGGAAGAGAAGGCGGGAGCAGCCACCGUGAAGAAGCCGUCUCCCUCCAAGGCCCGCAAGAAGAAGCUGAACAAGAAGGGGAGGAAGAUGGCCGGCCGCAAACGUGGGCGCCCCAAGAAGAUGAACACUGCGAACCCCGAGCGGAAGCCCAAGAAGAACCAAACUGCACUGGAUCUCCUGCACGCGCAGACCGUGUCUCAGACGGCGGCCUCCUCACCCCAGGAUGCCUACAGGUCCCCUCACAGCCCGUUCUACCAGCUACCUCCAAGCGUGCAGCGGCACUCCCCCAACCCGCUGCUGGUGGCGCCCACCCCGCCUGCGCUGCAGAAGCUGCUAGAGUCCUUCAGGAUCCAGUACCUGCAGUUCCUGGCAUACACGAAGACCCCCCAGUACAAGGCCAGCCUGCAGGAGCUGCUGGGCCAGGAGAAGGAGAAGAAUGCCCAGCUCCUAGGCACAGCUCAGCAGCUCCUCAGCCACUGCCAGGCCCAGAAGGAGGAGAUCAGGAGGCUGUUCCAGCAGAAAUUGGAUGAGCUGGGUGUGAAGGCGCUGACCUACAACGACCUGAUUCAAGCGCAGAAGGAGAUCUCCGCCCAUAACCAGCAGCUGCGGGAGCAGUCGGAGCAGCUGGAGCAGGACAACCGCACGCUCCGCAGUCAGAGCCUGCAGCUGCUCAAGGCUCGCUGCGAGGAGCUGCAGCUGGACUGGGCCACACUGUCCCUGGAGAAGCUGCUGAAGGAGAAGCAGGCCCUGAAGAGCCAGAUCUCGGAGAAGCAGAGGCACUGCCUGGAGCUGCAGAUCAGCAUCGUGGAGCUGGAAAAGAGCCAGCGGCAGCAGGAGCUCCUGCAGCUCAAGUCCUGCGUGCCACCGGAUGACACCCUGGCCCUGCACUUGCGCGGGAAGGGUGCCCUGGGCCGCGAGCUCGAGUCUGACGCCGGUCGGCUGCAUCUGGAGCUGGACUGCGCCAAGUUCUCGCUGCCUCACUUGAGCAGCAUGAGCCCAGAGCUCUCCAUGAAUGGCCAUGCUGCCAGCUAUGAGCUGUGCAGCGCGCUGAGCCGGCCCUCGCCCAAGCAGGACACGCCCCAGUACCUGGCCUCACCCUUAGACCAGGAGGUGGUACCCUGCACCCCUAGCCACGGCGGCCGGCCGCGCGUGGAGAAACUGUCUGGCUUGGCUGUGCCCGACUACACCAGGCUGUCCCCGGCCAAGAUCGUGCUGAGGCGGCACCUCAGCCAGGACCACACGUUGCCAGGCAGGCCAGCUGCCAGCGAGCUGCACCCGAGAGCUGAGCACACCAAGGAGAAUGGCCUUCCCUACCAGAGCCCCAGUGUGCCCAGCAGCAUGAAGCUGAGCCCCCAGGACCCGCGGCCCCCAUCCCCUGGGACCCUGCAGCUUGCUGGAGAGAAGAGCAGUGAGAAGGGCCUGAGAGAGCGUGCCUACGGCAGCGGCGGGGAGCCUAUCACCAGCCUCCCCAUCAGCAUCCCGCUCAGCACCGUGCAGCCCAACAAGCUCCCGGUCAGCAUCCCCCUGGCCAGCGUGGUGCUGCCCAGCCGCGCCGAGAGGGCGAGAAGCACCCCCAGUCCUGUGCUGCAGCCCCGAGACCCCUCGUCCACACUUGAAAAGCAUAUUGGUGCUAAUGCCCACAGUGCUGGGAGCAAAAGCCUUGCCCUGGCCCCCGCAGCAGGCUUCUCCUAUGCUGGCUCAGUGGCCAUCAGCGGGACCCUGGCAGGCAGCCCAGCCUCUCUCGCCCCUGGAGCCGAGCCAGCCACCUUGGAUGAAUCCUCCGGCUCUGGGAGUCUUUUUGCCACUGUGGGGUCCCGCAGCUCCACGCCACAGCAUCCCCUGCUGCUGGCACAGCCCCGGAACUCGCGCCCGGCCUCUCCCGCCCACCAGCUCUCCUCCAGUCCCCGGCUCGGUGGGGCUGCCCACGGCCCGCUCCCCGAGGCCAGCAAGGGGGACCUGCCCUCCGAUUCCGGCUUCUCAGAUCCGGAGAGCGAGGCCAAGAGGAGGAUCGUGUUCACCAUCGCCACCGGCGCGGGCGGUACCAAGCAGUCGCCUUCCAGCAAGCACAGCCCCCUGACCGCCAGCACCCGCGGGGAUUGUGCGCCAAGCCACGGCCAGGACAACCGCAAGCGUGGCCGGCGGAAGCGAGCGUCAACGGGGACGCCCAGCUUGACCACAGGCGUGUCCCCCAAGCGCCGAGCCCUGCCAUCUGUCGCCGGCCUCUUCACGCAGCCUUCAGGGUCUCCUCUAAACCUCAACUCCAUGGUCAAUAACAUCAACCAGCCCCUGGAGAUUACGGCCAUCUCGUCCCCUGAGACCUCCCUGAAGAGCUCCCCUGUGCCCUACCAGGACCACGAUCAGCCCCCCGUGCUCAAGAAAGAGCGGCCCCUGAGCCAGACCAAUGGGGCGCACUACUCCCCGCUCACCUCCGACGAGGAGCCAGGCUCUGAGGAUGAGCCCAGCAGCGCCCGAAUUGAGAGAAAAAUUGCAACAAUCUCCUUAGAAAGCAAAUCUCCCCCCAAAACCUUGGAAAACGGUGGUGGCGUGGCAGGAAGGAGGCCCGCGCCGGCCGGCGAGCCGGUCAACAGCAGCAAGUGGAAGUCCACCUUCUCACCCAUCUCCGACAUCGGCCUGGCCAAGGCCGCGGACAGCCCCCUGCAGGCCGGCCCCACCCUGAGCCAGAGCUCCCUGUUCGCGUUCCGGCCUGCCCUGGAGGAGACCCCCGCCGAUGCCAAGCUGGCCGCCCACCCCAGGAAAGGCUUUCCCAGCUCCCUGUCAGGGGCCGACGGACUCAGCCCCAGCACCAACCCUGCGAACGGCUGCACCUUCGGCGGGGGCCUGGCCGCCGAGCUGAGUUCACACAGCUUCAGUGAUGGUGCUUCUCUCACCCACAAGGGCCCCGAGGCGGCCGGCCUGAGCUCCCCGCUGGGCUUCCCCUCGCAGCGCGCCAAGGAGGCCUCGGACGCCAACCCUUUCCUGAGCAAGAGGCAGCUAGACGGCCUGGCCGGGCUGAAGGGCGAGGGUGGCCGCGGCAAGGAGGUUGGGGAGGGAGGCCUGCCGCUGUGCGGCCCCGCGGACAAAACCCCGCUGCCCGCUGGCAAGGCCGCCAAGGCCCGGGACCGUGAGCUCGACCUCAAGAACGGCCACAACCUCUUCAUCUCCGCGGCCACCGUGCCCCCUGGGGGCCUCCUCAGCGGCCCCGUCCUGGCCCCGGCGGCGUCCUCUGCAGGCGGGGCAGGGUCCUCCGCCCAGACGCACCGGCCCUUCCUGGGCCCGUUCCCGCCAGGGCCGCAGUUCACGCUGGGCCCCAUGGCCCUGCAGGCCAACCUGGGCUCCGUGGCCGGCUCCUCCGUGCUGCAGUCGCUCUUCAGCUCUGUGCCGGCCGCCGCCGGCCUGGUGCACGUGUCGUCCGCUGCCACCAGACUCACCAACUCGCACGCCAUGGGCAGCUUUUCCGGGGUGGCAGGCAGCACAGUUGGAGGUAGGUCGCCUUCCUCUGCAGGUGUCCUUCCCCGCCCUCUGGGCCAGGAGCUGAGCAGCUGGUCCCCACCGUCUGGGCACGGUCCGGAAUCCAGUCCUGCGGGGAGAGCGCUCCCGCUGAGUCCGUGUGUCUCGGGUUCUCUGGUUAUAACGGCGUCCCUCUCGUUUUCAGAAGGCCACGGUGCGCAGGGUCACCAGGGCAUUCCUUUCUCCCGUGGAGGUCACCUGUUAGGUGUGGCCGCCCGGGCUCUGGCAAGGCUCUGGGAGCUGGUGUUGGGUGUCUUUAACCACGCGGUGCCUUCCGCCUCUGCUCAUCCGUUUGGAGCCCGUGUCGGCCGCGGGGCUGCGUGUGGCAGUGCCACGCUGGGCCCGAGCCCGCUGCAGGCGGCGGCCAGCGCCUCGGCCUCUUCCUUUCAGGCCCCGGCCUCGGUUGAGACCCGGCCGCCCCCUCCGCCUCCGCCUCCCCCGCUGCCCCCGCCUGCGCACCUGGGCCGGCCCCCCGCGGGGCCUCCCGUCCUCCACGCUCUCUCACCUAACGCCGCCUUGCCUCCUCCCCCGACGCUGCUGGCCUCUAACCCUGAGCCCGUGCUUCUGCAGAGCCUCGCGUCCCUCCCGCCUAACCAAGUUUUCUUGCCCCCCGCCUCUGCUGCCUCUCUGCCGCCUGCUAACGCCUCUUUGUCUAUCAAGCUCACCUCCCUCCCGCACAAGGGCGCCCGCCCCUCCUUCACGGUGCACCACCAGCCCCUGCCCCGGCUGGCCCUGGCACAGGCCGCACCCGGGAUCCCGCAGGCCAGCGCCACGGGGCCGUCCGCUGUGUGGGUGUCCCUUGGCAUGCCGCCUCCUUAUGCCGCGCACCUUUCAGGGGUUAAGCCGCGAUAAAGACCUUGCUUAGCUAGCAGUGCGUAUUGUGUAAGGUAAGGCCAGAGCCCCACGCGGUGGCUCCCUCCAGACACUGAACUGUCCUUCCUUUGGCAGAGAAGACAGCCACAGGGCUCGGCAGAAGGGCCGGGGGUCCUGAGGAGGGACUGCAGGACGGGUACCGGCCGUGGCGUGGCCUGAGCGUGUUGGCUUCCAGCUGCCUGCAGCUGGGUCCCUGCGGUGAUGCCGCGGGUCCGAGGCCAGCCCUGAGGGCAGCUGUGCCAGCCCCUGUGGGUGAGGCUCACGGGUGCUGUGCCAGGGAUGGGUGCAGCCCCUCAGGGGGCUGGGAGUGGCCUCCAGGGCUCCAUCUGCACCAGGCCCAGGUCACUUGGGACAGGUGGCGUGGUGCGGUGCUGACAUCCCAUUGCAGAGGCCCUGGGAAGCCAGGUUGACAGGACGGAUGCCUCUGGUCAGGGCUGUCUGGCUGGUGGCCUCGGAUACCUCUCAUAGGGAGCCGGUGAGGCCCCUGGUAUCCCACCUGCCUGGGGGGCUGAUGGGUUCCCCCUGGGGCUGAGAGGCAAGCUCUGUGCCUUGUGUGAUGGGGCUGCCCCUGGGACACGGCUGAUGGUGGCCGCACUGCUCUGUGGCUGUGGCCGAAAGCCGAGGGCUUCCAGCCGCUCAGAUGUCGGCACCGAGGCGUACAGGCUAGUGUAGACAGCGCCCGCCUUUGCACCAGAGGAAGUGGGAGGCAGGAGUGAGUUUGUGGCCGUGAGGCCUUCAGGGAACAUCACGUCCACUCCUCCUCCGAGAGGUGGUGGAAACUGGCUGCUGACCCCCGAGGGCAGGUGGCCCUCUGUGCCCUCCCAGGACAUGGCGUGCCGGGCAACAAAGUGCAAAGGUGCCCUCUGCUUGCCCCUGACCACCUGCCUCGGGGGGCCCUGGGACGCAGGCCUUCACGGGCAAGUCCACAUCUCGCUGGGCAAGGAGAGGUGGUCUGGGAGCGGAGGCGGAGGCAGGGCCAAGUGUACUGAAGUGGAAGUAGGAGCGGGCCUGGCGGGUCAGUGCGGGCACCUGUGGGCUGGACAGGUACAGGUCUCACAGGUCCCACAGGAGAUGAGCUGCAGGUGGCUUUAGUGGGACUCGGCUGUGCGUCUCUGGAGGAAGGCCGGAGCCUGGCUGGCGUGGCCAGGGGUCGGGCUCCCUGGGCCUGCUGUGGUUGGAGGGGCUGGCGCCCUGCCCGUCACAGGUGCUGGCCCCAGGUGGCGAGUUUGCUCGUGGGAGGCCUCGGUCCCCGGCCCGGGUGAGUGUCGGGCUCCCCAGGCUUGAGGGUGACAGACUGCCCUUCCCGCUGUGCCCUCCUGCAGGUAACUAGGAUUUCUACCUCAACCGCGAGACCUAUGCAAGGACGGUGUGGACCAACUGCGCCCGCGGCCCCCGCCCGCCGGCCUCCCCCGACGGCAGAGCGAGGACGACGGGAGCUCCACUGUGAAUCGGCGGCAGCGCCAGGAGGCUGGGGCUGGUCCAGUUUGUACUGUCGAUAGUUUUAGAUAAAGUAUUUAUCGUUUUUUAAAAAGUAUAAACAAUUCUGACUUAUUUUAUUCCAUCUAAGUGGUAAAAGGCAACUUAUUGAGAAAUAUAAAUAUCUAUAUAUGAGAGCUCUAUAUAAAGACACGUGUCUGCAGGGCGGGCCCGCCAGCGGAUUCGCCGACAGCCUGCCCCGGUGCUAUCUCGUCCCCAGGCCCGCGCCUGCCUCCGCCCGCUUGGUGCUGACUAGACGCUGACGCCGCCGAACCCGGUCCUCGGAAACGCCGCCCGGCCGGCUCCCCCGACGACGCACUGCUCCCGUACCAAAGGCAGGCCCGCCGCUGCCACAUUCCUCGGAGGCCUCGCGGCCCGCGCCCCUCCCCGAGCCCCUGGCGCCUGCCUUGAGCGCUCCGCCCCCGCCCCGUCACUGUGAACCCCGGACUGUUCACCCUGCGUGGAGGGCCCGCGCCGCGUCGCUGCGAUGGUGCUGUGAGGACGGCCGGCGCCGGACAAGUGCAUUUACUUUUGUAUUUCUCGGCUUCCGUGGCUCGCCGCGCGCCCUGCGACGCGGGCAGGCCUGUCGAGGGUUCCCUGGUGUUUCUGUACAGGAGAGUCACACUAAGGAGUGGCAGUAUUUUAUAGAGAUGUGAUAAGAAUUUAUAAAUUUCAUAGAUUUGACAGCUUUUAUUUUUAGACGGUAUAAUGCACAGUGAAGAGGAAAGAAAGGCGAGGGGAAAACCUUAUUUAUUCAGAGUGUACAAAAUGGCCGCAGGGUCAGCCCCCCCCCACCACCACCACUCAAGUUGCAGCCCACUGUGGUCCAGACAGCCGCCUGAGCUUCUGCCUGGCCCACGUCCCUUCCUGUCAGGGUCCUGCCUGGCACCCGGCCCUCCAAGUGGGUGUGCCGGGGCCGGGGUGUGCUGCUGAAGCCUGGCCUCUCCGGCCCUAGGCCCUGGGAUGACAUCUGUCCCCCAUUCUGCAGUCUUGGGGGUGCCUGGGACUGGGUGUGGAAGCAGAGGGCGAGGCCAGGCUGUGGCGGGCGGGCAGAGCCACUCAGGUGCUUGUGGAGCCCCGAGCGGUCAGUGCCUGGCCUGUCCGGCAGUGCCGUCUCCACGCACUCCCUGGAGGGUGGGAUGUGGGAGCCCUAGCUCCCUGCACACAGGACCCAGGCUGUCACACCCGUUGAGCCCACCUCCUCAAGUUGCUGCUGUGAGAGGACAAAGGGCAGCCCUUCCCCAGGUGUCACAGAACCACCCUCCAGGGAGCUGCCAGCCCUGCAUUCUGGUCCCCACCACGUCUUCCUACCACGUGGCCUCCGGAGAGGGAGCCACGGAGGAAAGCCUCCUGUGGUUGCUGGGUGGGGGCAGUCCUGUGUGGGAGGGCCUGGAAGACCCCUGCUUGUGUCUGCUGGGGGGGUGCUGCCUCCCUCUGGCCCCCAACAACCUGUCUCUCAGACCCCUGGCCCCCCAACAUAGCUGAGUUUUGCAGAUGGUGCUCCAAACCCGUCCUUCCCACCCCCACGUUGGUGCUCUCAGCUUGAAGGUGCUGUGCCUCUGCCCGAGCCCAGCCUUCAGGACAGGUAGCCCGCUCCGUGCCGCCACCGGCCGGAAAUGCUCCAGGGUUGACGGCAGAGAAGGCAUGGAGUCCCCUGGUCUAGAACAAGACAGACUCUUGAAACACUGUAUCACUUCUGCCUCCCCCCAGGGGAUAGUGGCUGCCGGGAUGCCACUGUGGCUCCUGCCCACGUACACCACCGCGUGUUCAGGACACGCACUGGGUCUCGGAGCCACUGGCCCAGGCAGAAGUCUCCUUGAGCCCCCUGGGGCACAUGUGAACUAGCGUACUGCUGCCCGCAGACGCCCUCCCGUUCUGAGCCCUGGGCCAUGUCCUCCUCAGACACUCCCAGACGGGGGUUGGUGGCGGUUGACAGUGGAAGCUCCUGCUGGUGCAUGGCCUGAGCUUCCAUGGGCAGCCGGCGGGGACCUGCUGCUGCUGACCAUGGGCGGGCGGCGCCUGGGAGCGGCUGUUGCUCAGGAAUUGAUAGGAACCCUGAUGACUACGACGCCCCCGCCUUGGCCCGUGAGGCACGCUCGGUGACUUAUUUAAGACUUGCCCCUUAAUUUAUCCGCCCCAGGAUGCGUCAGUCUGUUCAGUGGUCAGCAGGGCCCCCUCCCCCGUCAUCAGUGGUCAGCCCCCCACGCGCUGCUGCUCUGUGUCGGCCCUUGUCUGUUGCCCUCGGGAGGCUCUGCUGUCUUCUUGGUGAACUGUGUUUGGAUUGCGCACAUUGUCACGGUCUGCCCCUGGGCUGUGGGCGCCCCUUCCUCUGGGCACCCCUGCAUUCUGCUUCCCCAUCUCUAGACGCUGUAAUAAACAGACCAUUUCCACUUGGA